AAAACUCUUCUAAUUACAUUACUGAUCAUAAUCAUUUACUCUACUUCCUUUUGGCUUGUUAUUGAGUAUGGCGUACCAAAACAAGGCCAUGAUGUCAAUGGAUUCUCCGCAAAGGAAACUGGGAAGGGGGAAGAUCGAGAUUAAGAGGAUCGAAAACACGACGAAUCGUCAAGUGACCUUUUGCAAGCGGAGAAACGGCUUGUUGAAGAAGGCCUAUGAACUCUCAGUUCUCUGUGAUGCUGAGGUUGCUCUCAUCGUCUUCUCUACCCGUGGACGUCUCUAUGAGUAUGCAAACCAGAGCGUUAAAUCAACAAUUGACAGGUACAAGAAAGCCUGCGCUGAUUCUUCCAAUACUGGAUCUGUUGCCGAAAUUAAUGCUCAGUUCUACCAGAAAGAAUCUGAAAAAAUCCGUCAACAAAUCGAGGCUACGCAGAAAGGAAUCAGGGAAAUGCUGGGUGACAGCGUGAGCAGUUCAAGUAACAGGGAACUCAAAAACCUGGAGGGUAAAUUGGAGAAAGCAAUUACAAAAAUCAGAACCAAAAAGAAUGAGCUGCUGUUUCGAGAAAUUGAGUACAUGCAAAAAAGGGAAAUCGACUUGCACAACAAUAACCAGCUUCUCCGAGCAAAGAUAGCUGAAAAUGAGAGAGGCCAGCAGAACAUGGACGUGAUGGCAGGAGGAGGAAGCUACGAGCUCAUGCCGCAGUCACAGCAGCAGCAGGAGGAGAGUGUCUGA